UAGAGAUAAAGCACAAGAGGAAUAGAACGCAAAUAGAUUGAAAUAUAUAGGCAGUUUUGGAUAUGCAGUGCUAAACAAAAGUGUUUUUAGCCCUGAUUUAAGGGAGCUAACAGUUCGAGCAUACUUCAGACGUUCAGGUAACUUGUUCCAGAGGUGGGGAGCAUAAUAACUAAAUGCUGCCUCACGCUGCUUGGUUCUUGUUCUUGGAACAUACAGGAGACCAGUUCCAGAUGAAUUUAAGGGUCUAGAUGUUUGAAGAAGUCGGACAUCCGGGAAUUAAUGACGUCACCAGCCACAACAAAGCGUCGCCAUAUUGAAAACGGAGCAAAAGACGAGUCACAAGCAAUUGCUCUGUCGUGCACUGUAAUACAAACGCGUUGAACUUUCGUCUUUUUUGCGGUCUUUUUUCCGUCGGAAUGACUAAAAGUUGCUGUGUUGCGGGUUGUCACACAAGGAAGAGUUCGGAGCCGCAUAAUAGCUAAAAGCAAUUAAUCGAGGAGCAGUAAAAAAACAAACAAACAAAAAAAAAAACAAUUAAUCGAGGAGCAGUAAAAAAAAAAAAUCCAAGCACAUUUACGUUUGCAGCCGACAUUUUAUUACUGGUGAGUAAACCUUAAUCGAUUUUUUUGUUUUUUUGCCCCAAUUAACUGCUAGGAUUCAACAGACUAGGCAGUGGUUAUUAUUGCCGGAACCGACAACUCGCAAAGCGUUAUUUUUCUUUUGCCGUGAACUGCUUUGAUCGGUCAAUCGGUAUAUUGUUGGCCUGGUGGGAAUUGGUUAUUUUGCCGUGAUGUGUUCACGGCUAAAUAACGCUUGGAGGCUAAUUACCGGUUACGGCAGAAAUCAGCACUCCGUAUAUACUACCAGUUUUCUUAGUUCCACAAAGUACAUAUUUCACGUAAUUGACAAAGGUCAACUUACUGGGUGACUUUAUGAGGUAGUUGCAGAUGUUUCCGAACUCCACUGCAGGCCAUUCCUUUGUUUAUCCAGCUAUCAGCUGCGACUUUGUAUGGGCAGAUUUGCAAGCCAAUAAACGCUAAUUUUAAGUUGUAUUGCCUCCUCGCGUCUGUCGGCAGUGACUCUUGAUAAUAAAAAGUAAUGUUUAAGACGUUUUUGUGGGAAAAAAAAGACGCAAAACACAACUGAAAUAUAUGAAUGUCAGACAACGUUUGUCUUCGGCUGUUUAGCUGUGCGUGCCCCCUUCACAAAAUGGCGACACGUUGCUAAGCGAGAUGACGUCAUCGUGACAUCACGCUGACUUCCUCCAUAGGCAUCUAACAAAUCAAGCAUGUAUUUUGGUCCAAGGCUAUUAAUGUUUUGUAGACAAGCAGUAGUAUUUUAUAGUCUAUCCUUUGACUCAUUGGAAGCUAGUGUAACGAUUUCAAAACCGGUGUAGUGUGGUCCAGUUUCCUUGUAUUUGUGAGGACUCUUGCUGCAGCAUUCUGUACUAGAUGCAGCUUCCUGACUGAUUUUUUUAUCAAGACCUGUAAAUAUACUGUUGCAAUAGUCCAAUCUGCUGAAAAUGAAUGCUGAAAAUGAAAAGAGAAAAAAUUUAACUUUUUUUUAUAUGGUAAAUACGUACUGUAUAUACAAAAAAAGACAAAUUCCAAACAAGACAUCAUAAUUUGGUCUUAAGUUUGACUAAACAAUGGGGGAAUAAAAAUUAUUUUUGCCACUUCUAAAUUAGCUGGAUUUGCUAUUGUACUGAACAGUUUCUCAGAUGAGUUUGUGUUUUUCCCACUUGUUGUAAAUGGCCAGUGGCCAAUACAGUCAGCUAUCAUCUGAUAACUAAACCACAAUAUAUAAAUAAAUAAAUAGUUGAAUCUUAGAGACACUUAAAUAGCAUUGUAUUUCGACAUCUUGGUUCAGCCCCAAAUAAAAUUUAAAAUCUAGGCUCAUCACCAGUCAGAUCUGAUAUUUCUUCUGCACCACUAACUGACCAUUGUAUUAUACAACUAUAUCCAAAAAAAAAAAAAAAAACACAGAAUUCUUACAAAUAAAUUCUGAAAGAGACCAGGAUAGUAAAAAUGAAGAACUACUAUGAAUGUAUGACACUUUAAAAUCCUCAGUAUUUGGGACAGGGGCACUACAACCAAGGAUUUUCCUUCUAAUAUUAAACAACAGUCAGUAUUAUUUCCCGUUCUUGCUUUAUAACUUCAGUUUCUCAAAAGUGGCUGUUGUUUUUUUUAUGCAUGCCUUAAUAUGUCACACAUUUUCAAUGGGGAUUAAGUCUAGUAUACUGGCACUCUUUUAAUUUGUUGGCAAUAAAUGAGCACCUGAGCUUCUGCAUGAAGAAACAAACAUCUGGAGAAAGAAUACAACAUUCAGCAUAUGCCUCUGUAGUUAGCUCGUCGCUUCCAUGUUACCAUGGAAACAAAUGAGUCAUGUAAUCUUCUUUGUUUAUUUUUUCCACCGUGAUCACAUCAACAUCUUAUUAUCCAGCUACAGUAUCUAUUUUCACCGCAAACAGCCAUACAUUCUCGUCACAUGAAACUCAACAGCAAGUCAGGUCAAGCUCCACAUACUGCUGCCAAGUCUCUUCUUCAUACUCAGUAUAUCAUCACUACCUCAGGGUGUGUAUGUGUGUGUAGUUAUGACAAAGCUGCUUGCAGGUUAGUCUUCCUGACCUUCUCCCAGGAGGAGAGAAGAGCACAAACUUGAUCAAUGCUCAUGCGCCUUGCCGAAGGGAACCUGCAGCCUUGGCUAUUGUGCACAUGCGUCAUACGUUACAGAGAAGGAAGUGGCUGACAAUGUAAAAAAAAAAGAGCAGUGGAGAGGAGCACUGUCAGAGGAGGAGACUGAAGCAUGGCUUUGUGAAGACUGGUCAAGCCACACGUGGUCAUCAUGGCGGGGGUGCACUCAUCCUCCAAGCCUUCAGAUGAGUUGACCACACCCCCUAAACCGUCCAUUCGCCUCCAGGAGAGGCGAGGCUCCAAUAUCUCACUACUAUUGGAUGUCAACAGCUUGGGUGUGGAGCUCGGGUGCUCCGUGUCCACGCCCAAAGAGGUGUGGCUUCAGCUGCUUCACACCUCCUCUCGGCUGCUCACGCAUUCGCUCCUUCAUCAGGCUGCUGCCAAUGCCGAUGAGAUCGAUGCCGAGUACCAGAGCAUUCCGCCAAACUUUGUGAGUGCGUCGGACCUCGACAUUCCUGGACAUGCAAUCAAGGACAGAUACAAAAGCAUCCUUCCCAACCCUGAGAGCCGUGUCAUUCUGAAAUGUGUGGAAGAAGAGGCCAGCCCUGACCGUUAUAUCAAUGCCAACUACAUCCGGGGUUACCAUGGUAUUCCAAAGGCCUACAUCGCUACCCAAGGGCCAAUGGUGCACACGGUGGGGGACUUCUGGGACAUGGUAUGGCAGGAGAGGAGUCACAUUAUCGUCAUGAUAACCAGGCUAAAGGAGACCAACGAGAAGUGUGAGAGAUACUGGCCACGACCUAUUGACCGCAGGAGAAGUGAGGGGGAGCCGGAAAGUGCGACCAGUCAGUUUGGGCGAUUCCAUCUGCGGGUCACAGACAGUCGAGAUAAAGACGGUUUCACCGUCACUGACAUGGAGAUACAGAAAGUGUUUGGACAGGAGCGCCGGCUUAUCAGACACUACUGGUUCACGUCAUGGCCUGACCACUACGUCCCACAAUGCGCUGCUCCACUGCUUCGACUGGUGGAAGAAGUAGAGUUGUACAGCAGGUCCGUCCAAGCGGCCAGCUCUCAGCCAAUUAAGGGCCCCUUUAUCCAGCCUGGUCCAAUCAUUGUCCACUGCAGUGCCGGCAUCGGUAGAACGGGUUGCUUCAUUGCUAGCAGUAUCGGUUGUCAACAACUGCGUCAAACAGGUUGCGUGGACAUUUUGGAGCUUGUGUGUCAGCUUCGACUAGACAGGGGUGGGAUGAUCCAAACAUCAGAGCAGUACCAGUUUCUCUACAACACUCUGGCCCAGUUUAGCUCCCAGCUGCUUCACAAGCAGAAGCAAAAGCAAGGAAAUGAGAACCCAGAAGAGCAGGUGAGUGAACAGAUGAAGAAGCUUCAACUGUGGCAGACAGAACUAGCAGAUGGCGGGUCACACGAAGAACCUAAGUCCAGAGGAGGUGAUGGUAGUGAUCAUACAGAAGGUGUAGAAGGAGCCAGUAGAACACGCAGGUAGAGAUGGACCCAGUUGGACCCACAGAUAUAAAUCCUCCAGAGGCUGUCUGUCAACAGGAUCAUUUGGCUCUGAGUAAGAUUGUCAAAUGCUACUUCACUUGACUUCGAAUCACCAAGUACAGUUGAGCAGAACCAAGAACCUUGGUGGAGAGAACUAUGAAGAAAAUCUGUGA